AUGAGAUCGGACUUUAAUCUGAAACACUCUGAGGCAAUUGAGAGAAUGAAGAUUCUUGAGGCUAAAAGAGAAAAAUCAUUUCAUGGCAGGAUACAAAUGUUGGAAGAAGAGCGCACAAAUUCCCUCUGUUCAUUAGGUACAAUGUCAAGUAGUGUUGAUAGUGGAUCAUUUAGUGAGAGUAAACCCAAUGACCGCCAAUUCACCAAUUUUGUGCAUCUAGCUGACAUAGAAAAAGAAGACUUGAUCAUCAAGAACGGAGAGGACAUUUUAAAGAAAAUUGAAAACUCUAUCAGAAGCAUGGAAGCAAAAAGUAAGCCAUCCACUCCUAAUCAUAAUGAGUUUAAUAAAAUGAGAUUUGAAAAAGAAACUGCACUCAAAAAAUGUGUAAAACUGGACUCUCAAUUAUCAGCUGUGAAGAAAUCUAAAGAUUUAUCACAAAACCAAGUCUCAAAACUAGAGGAUGAACUUCAAUCAUUGAGGCUUUUCUACAAUCUGCACCAGUCUCUGUCUCAAGAAGCUUCCUUAAAAGAUCAGUAUGACACCCAAGUAUCAGACCUUACAGAGAGGCUGAAACAGAGAGAGGCUGAACUCCUGGCAUCACAACACGAAAACGAUGCAUUGGCAGCGAUGGUGAAACGACUUGAGCGUCAGCUUUCUCAAGUUGGUACGAUUCCUAAUGGCAUUUCGACUAGACAUUUCAAUACUUCCCCAUCAAUUAAAAGUUCCAGAACUGGGAAACGAAUGUCUUCCUCCAGCACUAUUUCCUCGUUGAUGUGA